AUGUCAUCAUAUAGUAGCCCCCGCGGCCGUCGCCGGCGGGAUAGCUACGAUGACUACAACUACAACAGCCAGUAUGGCAGGAACGCACCACCUCGAUACCAAAAAGACGACCGCUACCCAGCGUACGACCGCGGCCGACAGUGGUACGACGACAACUACGCCUAUCGCCAUGAGUCCUACGACAGCGAGCGAAACAGCAAGGAGGCGACCAAGCAGCCAGAGAAGCGCAAGCCCAGAAACAGAUCCCUGAAGGACGUGACCAGCAAGAUGCUAGACCUCGUUGUGCGCCCGUCGUCGCGCAAGCGGGCGCCCUCGCCCGACGCCAAGAGCGACGUCACCGCGGCCUCGAGCCAUGUCCGCGCCAACCGGAGAAGCCUCAGCCUGGCCGACUCGAGCCGCAUUCACAGUCGCAGCCGAAGCCGCAGCAGGAGCGUGGGGAGCCGCGCCAGCUCGGUCCACACGCGCGUCACCAACAGGAGCCACGCCAGCUCUGCCCACACGCGCGUCACCACCAGGAGCCGUGGUGGACAGACGUCGGGGGCCAGGAGCGAGCGCGGUGGCGACAAGAGCAGAAAGAGAGACAAGAGCAAGCACGGGCGCGAGCUCGACCACAGCGAGAGGAUCAAGCAGGCGCUGCUGGCAGGGUUGGCCGCCGGGGCCGUAGAGGCGAUUCGUGUGCUUAACGAGCCAGGGCCGUGGAGGGGGCCGAAGGGGAGGAGGGUGGCGACGGCGGCCUUUUCGGCUGCGGCGAUUGAGGCGGCGAUCGACAAGCACCCUGAUCACAACCCCAACAAAAAGGCCGUCAUCGCCAGGCUUGGUGGACUGGUGAUGAGUCGAUUGAUCAACGGGCCGACGGAGAAGCAACGAAAGGGGAAGAGAAGAUGA